CGUGAGGUGUGUGAAAGGUCGUGCCUGAAGGGCGGGGGGAAACGUCUUGAUGGGAGUCGUUAUCUGGCCGGGAAUCGGCGGGAGCGCCGGCGUCGGGACCGCACAGGCUAACUUUGAAUUGGACUUCAUAUUUGCUUAGACGACCUGGAAUUUCCUGUUUUUAAGAAUAAGUGUCAUACUACACAGAUAGCAAGAUGAGUUCCUUAAUAGAAACCCCUGAGCUGCCGGCAGUGUUUGAUGGGGUUAAAUUGGCUGCUGUCGCUGCUAUUCUUUACAUUAUUGUCCGUUGCCUGAAUCUGAAGAGCCCAACUGCUCCUCCUGAGCUCAUAUACCAAGACACACCUUUAGCCCGCUUCCUAAUAAAAUCGUGCCCUCUCCUAACCAAAGAAUACAUUCCACCUUUGAUCUGGGGAAAGAGCGGGCACAUCCAGACUGCGCUUUACGGCAAGAUGGGGAGAGUAGGUUCACCGCACCCUUACGGGCUUCGCAAGUACCUCACCAUGGCAGACGGUGCCACAGCGACUUUUGACCUCUUUGAACCGCUGACUGAAAACAGUAGCAAAGAAGAUAUCACAAUGGUCAUCUGUCCUGGAAUAGCUAAUCACAGUGAGAAGCAGUACAUCAGAACCUUUGUUGACUAUGCUCAAAAGAAGGGCUACCGAUGUGCUGUGUUAAAUCACCUUGGGGCUCUCCCAAAUAUUGAACUGACUUCGCCACGCAUGUUCACUUACGGUUGCACCUGGGAAUUUGCCGCUAUGGUGACCUACAUCAAGAAGACAUAUCCUCAGUCCAACCUUGUUGUUGUUGGCUUUAGCCUGGGUGGAAAUAUAGUGUGCAAAUAUCUUGGGGAGUCCCAUAUUAACCAGGAACGGGUGCUCUGUUGUGUCAGUGUGUGCCAGGGGUAUAGCGCAUUGAGGGCACAGGAAACCUUCAUGCAAUGGGAUCAGUGUAGGAGAUUUUACAAUUUUCUCAUGGCAGACAACAUGAAGAAAAUCAUCUUGUCUCACAGACAAGCUUUGUUUGCUGAAACUUCGAGAAAGGUACAGAGUUUAAUGGAAACAGAUCUAAGCAGACUUCACACAGCAACGUCUCUCAUGCAGAUCGAUGACAGCAUUAUGAGAAAAUUUCAUGGUUACGGCUCCCUGAGAGAAUAUUAUGAACAAGAGAGUUGUCUGCAUUACUUGCACAGAAUCUUUGUUCCCCUCUUGCUGGUUAAUGCUGCUGAUGACCCUUUGGUGCAUGAUAGCCUUUUAUCAAUCCCAAGAGCCCUCUCAGAAAAACGGGAGAACGUCAUGUUUGUUUUACCUCUACACGGGGGCCACCUGGGAUUCUUUGAGGGCUCAGUCCUUUUUCCUGAGCCCCUCACUUGGAUGGAUAAGCUUGUGGUGCAAUACGCAGAUGCCAUCUGUCAAUGGGAGAAGAAUAAAUCUCAUUGCUCAGAUACGGAACAAUCGUCCGGCCAAGAAUAAACAAUCCCAAAGACUUUUCAGGUUGUUUCCAACUUAGUUCUCUUCUUCUUCCUUCCUUCCUUCCUUCCUGCUUUUUCCCAGGCCAAGCCUGGUCAUCUUCAAUGUAGGCAUUUGACCGCAGUGUUUCAUGCCAACUAGUGCUACAACACGAGGUGUUGCUGUGUCAAACAGUUUGGGAGCAGGCUGGCAGGCAAUGCAGGGACAAAAGUCAUCCAGUCUCCUGAGGGGUUGCUUGCCUGUAGCUUACUAUAAGGUUUCAAAACCAGUGCAACACUCCUGAACAUCUUUGAGAGUGGCAAGAUGUUCCGAUGCUUACACUUUUCACUGUUCUAAGAAAACAGAGUAACCUCCUCUGGUUGUUUUGCAAAACUUUGCCUAGCGAGAUAGAAGUGUACUUUCUUUGUGGUUAUGUUUCACCUUGUUGCCACCUCAGAAAAGAGAAAAUUUAUAUACCUGCGGAAGACACCGAUACGAUCAUCUUGGCGGGGCCCAUCGGUGCAGACGUUUGCAAAGCAGGGGAGAAUGAUGGGGAGUUUGAAUUUCCAGAAUCUCACCACCUCGAGGGAGGAAGGAACCUCACUCUUCCCAUGUUUAAUGCAUUUCAAGGAUUUCGUUGGCUUUGAAAAACGUUUUGGAGAAUUCCAGAACUGAACUGAACUGAGUGCAUUCAAUCACACACUUUGCUUUUCUCACUGGAGCUUUCCAAGUAGAAAGCUUUGGGGACUCAGUGGUAGAUUCCCUACUCUGUUACUACUUGACAUUAAAACAAGUAGCCUUGUAAUCAUUGCCUUUUCUAAAACAAGGUGUUAUAUUUUGAGGUAAAAGUUGUGAGUGCUCCUAACCCAGGCCUUUUAAUACUGUCUGUAAGUGAAAAACCAGUGACCAUCAAUCUGUAAGUUGUCUGUUCUUUUUUUGUUCUUCCAUAGAGAAUUUUCAUAUGCGAUGGAUGGAGAAAAUAAAACAUCCAAAUUAUUUUCGCCUCCACAGCAUACUAGAGCAGUGCAGUAAGAUUUUGAAAGCCACAAUAGUCUUGGUUUAAAGAGGUAGAUUUUUUUUUUAUUUAAAAAAAAUGUACUGUAUGCCUUAACUAUUAGUGGCUUCUGCAAUUCCCUGUGUCAAAAGGUGCUCAUUACAAUUUUCAGCUUAGUGACAUCAAACUGAGAUUGGCAACUUAGGGCGAGAUGCAAUAACACAGAUACAGUGGAGAAGCAGGAUUUUGGCUGCUGUAGAAUAGAGAAACAGAUUUUUGUACUGAGCAGGUUUCCAAUCUGAAAGUGGGAAAAAAAAAACCACAUCUUUAUUCAUACAUACACACAGACACACUCAUUCUGAAAUCUGGAUUACUUAAGACAGUGAAACGUUGCGAUUAGACUAUUUUUCAACUGCAGUUCUGUUUUGAACUGUCGGUUUGGUGUUCCUUCCUUACAGCAUAUUUCAGUUUAUAUUUGAACAGUCGUUCAUUCCCCCUACAUUAUAACCCCCUAUAAUAGUUAGCACUUUAAUGCUUCUACCUUUUGUUUUUGCUGCCUAGACACUUUAAUUAUAGCUGGCACUUGUUUAUUUUUUUUUAACUGUUAGGAAGUCUUUCUUGAAAAUAAAUGUAUGGGGUACCUUCCCAAUCAGUUUUGAGAUUCUAAAAAGUGUAACUGACUCUGAGGAUUUCUUUCUUGUUAUUUUUAAUUGAUCAAUAAUUUCCUAUAGCAAACUACUCCAGGCUGAAAACACCUGUUCAACAAAUUCUGUGACUUAAGCAGAAUAAAUGAAUUCAGAUUCUAUUUUGUUCUCACAUAGGAAGCAUCGAUCACAUAUUAAAAAUUUUAAGUUUCUUCCCCCCCCACCACAACCUCAUGGUUGCUUAUCAGUUUUUUAUUAUGCUUAUCAGUCUUCUUAAUUUGCUUUUUUAACAUUUCUUGCUACUUUCCAGCAAACCAAAUCCAAGAUAAGCAUAUGAUUUUAGCUGCAGUAGAACAUUUUAAUGACCUCAAAUGCUUAUUUCCAUUUAAGUAACAAAAAACAGACAAACAAACCUUUAGUUUGAACUGUUUUUCCUGAAAUAUAUAAAAUAGGAAUGAACAUGACUUAUUCCUAUUAAAAUUUAUUAAAAAGCAGGCUAUAAGAAUCUUAACACCAUUUCUCACCAUUUCCGUCUUCAGGAUAACUUUCUUGUGCUUUUUAUUUAAAAUAAAUGUAAUAAAAUUAGGCUUUUUCCUAAUCUGGUGCUGUCCCGUCAAUAUCUGGUAUCUUUACCUUAGUGGCUGGGAAUAAUAUAUUUCAACAACCCUGAAGGAGAAUCAGUUGAUAAAAUAAUUGCUGUGGAUUAAAAUUGUAAAAUUCCUUGCAAGUAAAGGCACUUACUAGCCUUUAUGCUGAAGGGAUCGUGAGAGUAGAGUUUGCCUUUAUUUUUCUUUUUAACCAGGUGCAGAUUUUAUGCACAAUAAGACAAGGAAUUUAAUCCUUCCUUGUUUAAAUUUUGGAAAUUGAGUUGCAAGGCUGUGCAGUUGUAUAAUGUACCAAGUUCAAUGAGGAUGGCUUUCGUGACUUAAAUUCAUUUAGAACUACACAACCCCUUGGAAAAUAAUGUUUGCUUGCUCCAUACUGUAAAUGUAAUAAGACUCUUACAUGUCCCAGCUUUUAUCAGGAAAAUCAAAACUUUUCAGUAAGUCACACAGUCAAAGGAAUGUCUUUUAAGUCACAAAUUUGGUCUUUUCUGCUGCAUCAAUGAAAAAGUAACCCAUGUUAGAUCGUGGUAAAUUUAAUUCUAAACUUCUCUUCCUCCCACCAAAUAAUUCGGUAAGGAAAAGACUGGAAUGAUGAGAAAUUGAUCAACGGACAAUAGUUGCCAAUUUAUAUACCUAGAUGACAAAACCCCUUUUUUAUUUUAGUGAAACAGAAUAUUGCUUGAAAGUUCUUGGAAACAAAUCAGGUUUUAUUUUUCCACCAUUUAUUUUAAAAUCAGUUAAAAGGAAACCUCUGGGCAAGAUUUUGUUGAGGGAAUUUUUUUUGCGUACUGGAGACAUUACUGCUCAUACAUUUUGGGGUGAGCCCGUUAUACUCCCCCUUUUAAUGAAGGUAGCAUUGAGAAUUGCACCAAGCCCCCCUGAUGAGCUGUUGUAGCCCAAUGGUUCAUCCUGUGUCAACUUUGCCAGUUGACCAAAAAAUAGAUGCCAACUCUUCCUUGGCAACAACUGUCCUAGAAUUAAUGCCUUGGCAGCUUGUCCUUGCAUUAAAGUUACUGUAGCCUUCUUGUGGGUCAAAUGUACAUUUCCCAAAUACAUGCUAGUUGACAAGUGUUCCUUAGGUCUACAUGUAAAAAAAGAAGUAGCCAACUAAUAGACCAUAUUUCACUUUCCAUUCCUUUUCCAUUUAACAAUUGCUGAAAUUCAGCCAUAUUAUCUCUGCCGUCUUUAAAAUAAGUACUGUAACUUUGGUGCGUUAAGUCUCUGGUAGCUUCAUCUGUGUAUUGUUUUUUAUAAGCAGGGCUGAAAAUUCUGUCCCUAUGCUUCCAGUGAUGGCACUGCUACUCACAUAGCAGAUAGGUCAGUGCUUGCUUGUGUCAUCCUUGGCUCCAGAAACAUUGCCUAUUUGUGAUAUUCUGAAUUUCUGAUCUAAAGGCGUAUGUGACCAGGUUCCCCAGGUCACACAGCCCACUCAUAUAUAAUCGUAGCAGUGUGUUAGUCCCAGAUACUUGCUUGAUGUGCAUAGGUGUGUUAAUUAUUUUUUUUUAAAGGAAAAAUUGUUUAAAAGCACAUGUCUCAAACUGUCUCAUGCAUACAGAGACCGAAACACGAGGCCAUUUUGCUUAGAUUGCAUUGUUAGAAUGAUGUGAGCUCAGUUAUUGUUCACUUCCUUUAGAUGUGCAAGAACGGAGCUUCCAGUCCCUGGGUGGGAUUUUUAUCAUAGGAUACCUCAACGAGACAGCUUGACUUUCAAUCGGAAUGAAUAGCCUGGCAGUAGUAGUGAUAAUAAUAAUUUUAAAAAGUAAGAUUCAGGGGGUCCAUAUCAUACUUUUUUUCUCUGCCCUGCCUUCUAUUUCUUUCGCAUAUGUUAAUGCAAUGGUCUUAAUAGCAAACCUAGUUCACUUCCUGCAGAUCCUCUUAAUCAGAACUAAAGGCAGUUUGUUGCUGGUUAGAGCAACUGGAGAGGGGAGAUUUCUUUGCUCGCUUUAAAAAGGAAAGGAUUCUCGCCCAGCGCUGCGCUGGUAUUGGAGCUCUUCGCCUUCUUUGUUUCUUGCAAACUACCUUUGUGCUAUAUGUGUUUCUGCCUGGAAUUAAUUUAAUUAAGUCUGUCUCACUUCUUUUUUUUUUCCUUUUCCUUGAAGUGUCCUUGAUGAGAUUCAUAGUAAAAUAAAAAUAAAUCAACUGGGGAUCCGGGGAAGAAUCUCCUUAGAGAACUGUGUGUAUUCCAUUUUAAACGUUCUGUUCUUUCCGCUGGUUUCAUUCAAGGGCACAAGCAUACACGGGCAGCAUUUGGCUAAGCUGGAACAGAGAAUUGCCACUCCCCUUCCUUUUUCUCUUUUCUCUACCAGAGGAUAUGUAUUUUUAUUUCCUUUCAAAUCCUCAGGUCUUAGGACCACCAAAGUCCCAGCAGCUUUAUUUGAUUCCAGUCUUUGUGGAACACAACUAUUUCCCCCCCUCAGGAUUCCUGAACUGCGGGCAAAAACCUUGUAUUUGAGGGCGCGGCGUUUAUUUUGUUUUUGAUGUUGUAACCAGUAACAUCUGGAUUUGUACAAAUAAAUUGUGCCAUUAUCCAGAGCGGUCCAGUUUCAUAUCAAGAGUAGAAAGUCAUAACAUUGCCUGAAACAUAUGAGAAAUUAACCCACUAACAGGUUGUAUCCAUACUUUAUUUUUAUGACCUUCCAAGCUAACGUCAUUCCAAGCUUAGAAUGGGUUGCGUUUGAUAGCAAAUCCAUGUAGGCGAAAUCUUCUGAUUUAAAAAAAAAAAAAAAGCACAAUUUUUAAAGAGGGGAAAUUCUGAUUUAUUACACUCUUUUUUUCCUUCUUUUCCUCUUGAACAUGUCCUAAUAGAGGGACCCAACACCUCAGGAAACUAGACCUGUACCUGUGCUCUUUUUCAUUUGUGUCACUGCAGCUGCCUUAUUGGAGUAAGUUGAGCGUUUUUGACUUUUUUUAAAAAAGCUGUUGGACAUCAAUUCUGCUUUAUUUUAUUUUAUCGGCAAUUUUGGAUUCCGAGACCUAUUUUAGGAACCCCUUCCACAAUCCCAAAUUCCUUUUGGAAAUAAAAAUGCUGCCCUGGGGAAUUUUUGUGUGUGAUUCUCACUACCGGUUUCAUGGUUUCAUUGUUUGAACCGGUUGUCUGCAGGAUAAUGUUUUGCAACUAGCAAUGCAAUUUUUUUCUAAAUCUGUUAAUUUUUCCAGUUUAGUAAAGUGUGUCCUUGAUAUAUUUCUUUUUUUUGUUUUGUUUUUGUUCUGUGUGUGAUCAAUCAAGGCUAUUGCGGAACAGUAAUUUUGUUAUUUGAUUCAAUGGAAUUUCUUUGCUUAAAAAAAAUAAAGACAUUAACUGA